GACGAUUUUGUUUGUCACAGACCACUGUUAUCAAGAUGGCGUUACGGCCAGGAUCUGGGGGAGGUGGCAGUUUUAUUUAUCCUGUUGGAGGGGGCCUGGGACCGCCACGAGGUAUGAUGCCCAUGCAGCAACAGCAGCAACAACAGGGAUUCCCUGGUAUGGUUCAAGUCCAAAUGCAGCCCAACAUGCAAGGAAUGAUGGGAAUGAACUUCGGAGGCCAGAUGCCUCCUGGUGCCAUGCCUAUGCAGGGUGGGAUGGCCAUGGGAAUGCAGGCCCCUGGGAUGCAGUUCAUGGGCCAGCCACAGUUCAUGAGCAUGAGGGGCCCCGGGCCCCAGUACACUGCCGACAUGCAGAAACAGAUGGCCGAGGAACACCAGAAGCGUCUGGAGCAGCAGCAGCGGAUGCUGGAGGAGGACAGGAAGAGGAGGCAGUUUGAGGAGCAGAAACAGAAGCUGAGGCUGCUGAGCAGCGUCAAACCCAAGGGACAGAUGGGGGCGAGUCGGGACGACGCGCUGGAGGCCAUCAAAGGCAACCUGGACGGGUUCAGCAGAGACGCCAAGAUGCACCCCACGCCAUCCUCACACCCCAAGAAGCCAGACUCAUCGCCAUCCCACUCUUCUGUCACCUCUCACUCCCUCCCCCCUGCUUUCCCCGAUGACGAGUUUAGUGACUUUAUGCAGGGUCCCUUAGAUGCCUCUUCCUCCUUCCCCCCCUCCUCCCAGGCCCAUCCCCAUUCUUUAGACCCAGGUCCUGGUCAGAGACCCUCCUCUGCCCCCUUCCCCCAGUCCCUCCCUGCCUCUAUGUCCAUUCUUACUGCCACCCAACACUCUACUGUCAACUCCAGCUCCCCAUCUGCAUUUCAAGGCCCGUCCCUGGAAGAGAAACUGUUCUCCUCGUGUGAUUUAACGGCUGAAAAGAAGGCCCAGGUUAGCUUUAAGUCCCAGAGGACCCUGGCCCCUAACCGAGCUACAGUCUCAGCCCAGUUUCAUUCCUGCACCAAGGCCCGGAACUGGGCUGAGGCUCCUGGGGACCUGAGUUCUGCUUUCACUAUAGAAACACCACAACCAGAGGCACCAGCACCGGGGCCCACAGCCCCCUCACCAACAGCCGACCCCCCUCCUCCCCAAACCAGUAGUGACAGUGCAGGUGUUGGUGGUUACCCUCAACAAGAGCACAUCCAGCCCAUGGUACCAGGCUGGCUCUACAACGACAGCCUCAUCCCAGAGAUGUUCAAAAAGGUCCUGCAGUUCACCAUGACUCCGGGGGGCAUCGACACAGCCAAGCUCUACCCCAUCCUGAUGUCAUCAGGCCUGCCCAGGGAAGCACUGGGCCAGAUCUGGGCCUCAGCCAAUCGCACCACGCCUGGCAUGCUGACCAAGGAGGAGCUCUACACAGUCCUGGCUCUGAUUGGUGUGGCACAGAGUGGUCUUCCAGCCAUGAAUGUGGAGAUCCUGAGCCAGUUCCCCUCUCCCCCGGUGCCCAACCUGCCUGCCCUGGCCAUGGCUAUGGCCCCUGUCAUCCAGCACCAACACCAGCAGCCCAUGAUGACUCAGCCCCCUGUCCCUGUGUCCAUGGCCAUGCCUACACCAGCACCAGCAGUCAUGGGCAGGGCUCCUCCUGCUGCUCCUUUACCCUCCGCCCAACCACCCACCAACUUCAUCACCAACUUCCCACAGGGGAAAGCAGACGAUGAUGACUUCCAGGACUUCCAGGAGGCCCCCAGGGCAGGAGGAGGGGAUCAGUCCUUCACUGAAUUCCAGGGGGAAACCUUCCCCACCACCACAUCCUCUCUGCACCAGAACAGUGCUCCUGCCAUUCUGACUCCGGUCUCUGGCUCCUCCUCGUCAUCCUCUGAUAAGUAUGCUGUCUUCAAGCAGCUCUCUGUGGAGGAGCCUCCAGAGCCCACUCAGCCUGCCGCAGAUUUUGACGGAGACAAAUACAGUGUGUUCCGACAGCUGGAGCCACCAGGUGACAGGAAACCAGUAGGGGAAGGAUUUGCCGAUUUCAAGUCUGUCAGUGUGGAUGAUGGCUUCACAGACUUUAAAACCGCCGACAGCAUCUCUCCACUAGAACCUCCAGACCAGGCCAAGAUGUUUCAGCCAGCCUUCCCUCCUGCUUUCCCUAACUCUCAGUCUCUACCGCAACUACAACACCAGCUACAUCAACAACAACAACCAGCAGUCUCUCUCUCUCAGCCUAAAAGCCCUCUCAACAUGGCUGACCUGGAUCUCUUCUCCUCUAUGGCUCCCUCAGUCCCCACCCCUGCUGAGAUCAAGCCCAGUCCCUUCCCCUCUGUGCCCCCCUCUCUAGUGCUCCCACCAGGCAGGGCCAAGCCCCCCGGGGGCGGGGCCGAGGACUUUGGUGACUUUUCCCUUUUUGGCCCCACCUCCUCUUCUGAGGCUGCUCCUAUUGGCCCUGAUGUGGGAGGGGGUGUGGCAGCGUCUCAUGAUGACUUUGCAGACUUCAUGGCUUUCGGCAGCUCUGGGGGGGAGGCCAAGGGUGAGGGGUUGAGGUCUGGAGAGGGGAGGGCACGGGGGAGAGGAGAGACCAUCACCGCUCCACAGCGCCCCCAGCAGGGCUCUGACAAGUAUGACGUGUUCAAGCAGCUGUCUCAGGAAGGAGGCCUGGCAUAUGACGACAACAAGCACAGCGCCGGCGGCUCGUUCUCUUCCCUCAGGAGCGAAGCAGAUGACUUCACCGACUUCCAGUCGUCCAAGUUUUGCACAGCGCUGGGGGCCUCGGAGAAGAGCCUGGUGGAUAAGGUGGCAGCCUUCAAACAAGGAGGCAAGGAGGACUCAGCUUCAGUCAAGUCCCUAGACCUCCCAUCCAUCGGGGGCAGCAGCGUGGGCAAGGAGGACUCUGAGGACGCUCUGUCAGUGCAGCUGGACAUGAAGCUGUCAGACAUGGGCGGAGACCUGAAGCACGUGAUGUCAGACAGCUCUCUGGAUCUGCCAGGCCUCUCGACCCACCAUACCCCUGCCGCAGAAGGAGACGACAUGAAGUUUGACCCCUUCGGAACGUCAGCAGUCAGCAGGCUGGCCAGCUAUGAUUGGUCAGAAAGAGAGGAAUGCCUGUCUGCUCAGGGUCAGGCCAAGAAGCAUCUGGUCCUGGACGGUGUUGGUGUUUCCUCCUCUUUCCCUUCCUCAGACAUAGUCCACAGGAAGGAGACGCCGUUCGGCAGCACAGAAAACAUCCCCAUCACACACACCUGCCAGACGAAGAUCACCACCUUCUCAACAGAGGAUAGUGUGUCGACCGACAGCAAGUUUGAGGCCUUUGCUGACUUUGGAUCUUGUGAGCCGGUAGGUUUGGGUGGGGAUGAGGAUGAUGACUUUGGGGACUUUGCCAGCACGGUGUCGGAGAAGUCAGACUCCCCCGCGGCCGAGCCGGGCUCCGAGGGGAACCUGAACGAGGCCUCAGAUGAGUUCGGGGCCUUUCAGGGGGACAAGGCCAAGUUUGGGAAGUCAGACUUUCUGAAGGCCAGCUCUCAGACCAAGGUCAAGUCCAGUGAAGAGAUGAUCAAGAGCGAACUCGCCACCUUUGACCUCUCUGUACAAGGCUCCCACAAGCGUAGCCACAGUUUGGGGGAGAAGGAGAUUGGGCGCUCGCCCCCCUCCCCGGCCCCGGAACAGCCCUUCAGAGACCGCUCCAGCACCCUGAGUGAGAAGAAGCCUGCCCUGCCCGUCAUCAGAGACAAGUACAAGGACCUGACUGGGGAGGUGGAGGAGAGUGAGCGCUAUGCAUAUGAGUGGCAGAGGUGUCUGGUGAGUGCUCUACAGGUCAUCACUAAAGCCAACAACACCCUGAACAGUAUCAGCAGCUCUACUGUUUGCACUGAGGUCAUCCAGUCUGCUCAGGGCAUGGAGUACCUGCUGGGUGUGGUGGAGGUGUACCGCGUGACCAAGCGUGUGGAGCUGGGUAUCAAGGCCACAGCCGUGUGUUCUGAGAAGCUGCAGCAGCUGCUGAAGGACAUCAGCCGCGUCUGGAACAACCUCAUGGGCUUCAUGUCCCUGGCCAACCUGGCGCCUGAUGAGAGCUCGCUGGACUUCUCCUCCUGUAUCCUGAGACACGGCAUCAAGAACGCCAAGGAGCUGGCCUGUGGGGUGUGCCUACUCAACGUGGACUCACGCAGCAAGAGCAAAGAAGAGACAACUAUUGGACGUCUGUUUAAAAGAGCACUGGCUAAAGACCAUGACAAGAGGUUAAGGGCUUUCAACUCAGAGACAGACAACUUCAAACUGCUGUACGGGGGCCACCAGUACCACGCCAGCUGUGCCAAUUUUUGGAUUAACUGCGUGGAGCCCAAACCGCCGGGCCUCAUUCUGCCCGACCUACUCUGAGCGCCAGACAUCGUUGCCAUGGCAACGGGCACCGGGUAAUCAACACCGGCGAGGUGCAGCAGCCGGGUUCUCCCUGCACACCGCACAGCCUCUCACCUUGGGCUGCGAGCGCAGAGAACACAGAGCGAGAGAGACCUCACAAGUCACUGGAAUUCUCUUUAUUUAUUAGCCUUCUAUUCUCUCCUUUUCCUUCUCUCUCUGAGGUAGUCUCCAUGCUCUUUGCAGUGGUGAAGAAGUGCAAAUCUGCUAGUUUGUACAAAUUCAAGGCUUGACACAGUAAAGCCUAUUCUGUAUCAUAAUGUAUUGUAAAAUUGUACUUUAUUAAUGGUGUCAUUGUUACUUUUUUCCUUUGUCUGGUCUCAUAUACAGUAUAAUGCAAUAUAAGUUAUAGGAUGCCUUUAAGCAUUGAUGUUUAUGUGACCUCUCUGGCAGGCUUGAUUUAUUUCGGCAAACAGUAUUCAGAUAAUUAACCAAUCUUGUGCUAUGUUAACCCAAUGGAGGUCUAGUCCCUAUGUCAGCAGGAGAAAAUAUGAACAGUUAUAUGAAUAGGGUUGUGGGUCUCUCAACACUUUCUGUAAUGCACUCUUUCUGUUCUCAACAAGUCCAUAACAAACUAUUAAAACUGCAAUAUACUGACAUUGAAGGCUGAAGGAACUUGGAGACAAACUGAGAUGUAAAGCUAUCUGUUGUUUCCCUUGAUGUCACUUGUAUCAUUACACUGCUGGUACUGAAUCACUUUGACGGUCGGGUCUCUAAAAGCAUAGUCCAUGGCUGUUAACAUUUUAAUUUAUAUUUACCAUUUUAAGUAUUGUGUGACAUUAACUUCUUUUUAAUGUCUUUGUAUUGUUGCAUAGGGACUGCUAUUUCUAAAUUAAUGUUAAUGUGCUGUUUGAACAUUUUUGUGACACUGGGACUUGAAAGGGAGUCUUAACUCUUAAAGAUUGUUGGCUGUAGGUUUUGUUUUUCUGUCUUGCUGUGCCAGUGUAUAUAUAUACUUGCACUGAUAAUGGGGAUGUUUUUGCAGAUCUAAUUCUUGAAUGAAGUCAACUGUGAUUAUGGACUACUAUUGCAGCCGCACUUUGUGUGGAUUACAGUAUCAUAAUAUUGUAAUUACAAUGACUAACUGUAAUGUGAAGUGAUGAUAUUUACAUAAAUAAUACAUUGAUGCAUAAAUUCAA